AUGCGCUAUAGCAAAGCCAAGCGCAAAGCACUGGAAUCCGUGCAACGAACAGUGACACUCAGCCGACCGCCUUGUCCCUGGCACUGCAAUCUUUGUGAUCAGCGGGGAUAUACCCGUCGACCUGAUGACCCGGGUAUAAAUGAAUGCACACAAGGACCAAUAUAUCAUUUGCAUGGUUCAAUGGUGCCAACACCAGAUUUGCGGUGCAAUAUACAGGGAACACAACAGUUAAAGAAACGAAUUAUUGAACAGUCGCAAGCAUUUUUUCACGCUAAUAACGCUGUGGUUAAUAUGUUCAAAACAGCAUUCGAACGAAUGCCAUUGGAUACGCACAAAUUUGUCAUAAGAGCGGAUCGUACCCCAACAGGUGAACAUGUGCGAAGAUUCAAUGCUGAAAUUACAAACUAUGAGCUUUACGCGCAAUCAAGCGUAGAGUCCAUAAGCAGUGGCUCGCUGACCAACUCAAAAGCCUCACUGCUCACAGCACAAGGAAACCAGCAACAAUCGUUUGAACGCGAGCCAUUCGCUUUGGCAAAACCAACUACAAUGAGAGCUGUAGCUGCUAAUCAUCGGUAUCGCCAGUCAUGGCGGCAAUCUAUGUCAGUAGCAUAUCAACAGGCGCAGCCAGCAUUCGUUACGCCCAACUCCGGCCAAAAGCUGCCGCAUUAUUUGAAAUUGCAGUAUGCGGACGCAGCACAGCCACGCAAAACCGAUACGCCUUCGCAUGUGUUGAGUCUCAUGCAUAACACCCUUUGUGCGAGCCAUGUGGAUAUGGAUACGGUGGCAUUGCAUAAACAACAGCAGCUGCAAUUAAUACCAACAGCAAAAUCUCAUUCACCGACGUACAGUAUACGACGCAUACGUCGACCACGUCAAUGGGUGCCAGUGCAAAAGCGGCUUUCGCAUCAAGGGGAGCAGACGCACAGCGUGAAGUUGGGUAUUCUGAGUAAAGGACGCGCUUUCAUUUUUGAAUUUCUGCAGGGAUCCUCCAUACAUGGAUUCAUCUAUUUGGCAAAAAUCGGGCUCAGCAUUGUAGAGAGAAUGCUUUGGCUGGCCUUCAUCUGCGUUGCUCUCUUCGCCAUCAUUUCGUUGAGUAAACGUACUUGGGAGCGUUUUCAAACCUCACCCAUGGUCAUAUCGAUGGAUCGCAAUAAGUUGGUGUGGAAUACGAGCUUUCCCUCGCUCACUGUUUGUCCUCAUAAGCGCAUCGAUGAGUUGAAAGUGGAGGAAUAUAUGUACUCACAUCCAAACAUUUUCGAAUCUGAUCAGGAUCGUAAUGAUUUUCAUGUAUUUAUUGAGAAGUUGGCUCGCCUCACCUAUGAAAAUAUCGAAACUCUGCCGCGUAAUAAAACUUUUGGCAUAUCGAGCAGCAACUAUCUGAAUUUGCUGUAUGAACUCAAAUGGAAUUUCGAGCCGGAAAUGAGUAGUGGCGCCGCCGUACAAAUGUUCAUUUAUGAAACACUCACAGAGUUUGGCAUUUGCCAUUCGGUAAACUCACUCGUGGCGCGCUAUAAUUCUUAUGACUACUGGAAACGCAACGAUUGGAGCCAGUUAGAUCAUGGCGAUCGUGUCACCGUGCACCCGCUUGAUGGCGAAAUCUAUGCUCAGAUUAUAAACCUCUCCACCGCAUAUGAUGUCUACUUUCAUGGCGCCGGCGACAUACCGAAUAUAUCGAAACAACGUUACACGUUUCCAGAAACUGACUACACAACAGUGGAACUAAUUGCGUUGGAGAUCUAUACAGCGGAGGAGGCGCGGGCCUUCACCACCAAACAGCGCAAAUGUCGCUACCAAUACGAGGCUGAGGAAAUGCAGACGGUGCCCAUCUACAGUUUUAGCCUCUGCCUGGCCGAGUGUCGCAUGUUUUUCGCGUUGCGGGUGUGUGGCUGCGUGCCGCAUUUCUAUCGCAAUCAGUUGAGAAAUGGACGAGUUUUGCGAAUUUGUGAUUUCGAUGGUUUGGCUUGUUUGGAGGACAUAAAAAGAGAAAUCAUCUCGCUCAAGUCCAGCCGGUAUAAAAUCGAUUGUCAUUGCUUGUCAAAUUGCGAUGACUCCAAUUUCUUUGUGCAAUCCUAUCGUUCCAGAGUUUGGUUUUUGGGCGCGAAUCUUCAGUGGGGCAUUAUAGACUAUCCGAAAAUGCAGCUAAGACGCGAUGUGCUCUUCUCGUUUGCGGAUGUGUUGGUUUAUAUUGGCGGCCUCAUUGGCUUCUUUCUGGGUUGCAGCGCUUUAAGCUUCACAGAGGUCAUCUACUACUUCAGCGCACGUCUCAUUAAGAGAUUGUUUUGGAAUUAG